GUACGAGUGAUGCAGACGGCGUCGGCAGUAACACAGCAGGACGCGACUAGCUCAAGCUAACAGUCAGAAAAAGAAAACUUUCCCCGGGAGCUGUCUUACUACACAGCCAAAGUCUUUGUCCAGGUCUUGUAACCUGAGCAGCUGAAUGGAAGCACUCAAGGCGGCUUGUGAGUGAGGUGGCGAACGGUGCCAGUGAUGUACCAUGGGGUACGACGUGACGAGGUUCCAAGGGGAGGUGGAUGAAGACCUCCUGUGUCCGAUAUGUAGCGGAGUACUAGAAGAACCAGUGCAGGCCCCGCACUGUGAGCACGCCUUCUGCAAUGCCUGCAUCACGCAGUGGUUCGCCCAGCAGCAGAUCUGCCCCGUGGACCGCACGGUGGUGACGCUGGCCCACCUGAGGCCCGUGCCCCGCAUCAUGCGCAACAUGCUGUCCAAGCUGCAGAUCAACUGUGACAACGCCACCUUCGGCUGCACGGCCACGCUCCGACUGGACCAGCUGCAGUCGCACCUCAAGGACUGCGAGCACAACCCCAAGAGGCCCGUCAACUGCGAGGAGGGAUGCGGCCUGGAGAUGCCCAAAGACGAGCUGCCCAACCAUAACUGCAUCAAACACCUGCGCAGUGUCGUCCAGCAACAGCAGACCAAGGUCUCGGAGCUGGAGAAGACUGUAGCCGAACAUAAACACCAGCUGGGCGAACAAAAACGAGACAUUCAACUGCUGAAAGCGUACAUGCGAGCCAUCCGCAGCGCCAACCCCAACCUGCAAAACCUGGAGGAGACCAUCGAGUACAACGAGAUCUUGGAAUGGGUGAACUCCAUGCAGCCCGCGAGGGUGACCCGCUGGGGCGGCAUGAUCUCCACUCCGGACGCCGUGCUGCAGGCCGUCAUCAAGCGCUCGCUCAUCGACAGCGGCUGCCCGCUCUCCAUCGUCAACGACCUGAUCGAGAACGCCCACGAGCGCAACUGGCCGCAGGGCCUGGCCACGCUGGAGACGCGGCAGAUGAACCGGCGCUACUACGAGAACUACGUGGCCAAGCGCAUCCCGGGCAAGCAGGCGGUGGUGGUGAUGGCCUGCGAGAACCAGCACAUGGGCGAGGACAUGAUCCUGGAGCCCGGCCUGGUCAUGAUCUUUGCGCACGGUGUGGAGGAGAUCCUAUAAAACUGCACUGCCGCUUAUUUAAAGGACCCGAAGUGGACUCUUGAUACCUACGCCUUAAAGGAAGGACGACAACGUUAUCAAGCUGGCAAGCAGAGUAUGACUGAUGAACAAUGACAUGUUUACAUUUAGUGCAUUAUAUCAGCUGAUUGUUGCAACAGAGACGCUUCCUUCUCGCUGCUUGGGUUCCUCGUGAACUCUGAACCUUUUUUCCACCCCCCUCCCCCCCCGACGUAAACAAGUCAAUGAAGUGUUUUACAAGGAGAAAACCUGACGUGUGAGCCCAUAGUCAGACAACACACAACACACUAGCGAAUACUAGCGUCACAUUAUCGACCCUCUUUUUGGAGAAAUAUCAAAGAAGGUUGUGCUGAGAAAGCGCCCCACAAGUUUCCUGAGUGGUGUAAAUGCUUGUAAAUACAAAUGCUAUAUUGGAAUCCUAGAUGUCAUUAUCUCAUUUUUGUCUGCCUUGUUUAUUUUCCGCUCUUUUUUUGUUGUUGUUGUCAGCGACGGUUUCCCGGGGAUUGUGACAGUUUGCCAUCUGUUUCCUGGCUGUACGGUCAUUAAGUUACGCUGUGAAUAUUCCACCAGAUGUCCUCUUCUGUGCCAUUUUCUUUUAUUUAUUAUGAUUAUUCUGUUGCCUUUUUACCGACAUACUUUAAAAAGAAAAAAAAGAAAGAAAAAGCUUGAAGAUGGAAUUUGGCCUUUUUCUGUGCAUUUGAAGUUUGUUGCAGGAACCAAGCAUCUGUUGUUGUUUUGUUGUCGUUGUUGUCCAGAUGUGAAGUGAUACGUGUUAAAUCUUGGAAGCUGAACACGCGGGAGAUUUAACGUGAUGACCACAACGGUUGCCUUUAUUCCAGUUCUUUACGUGUCGACCAUGCAUUUAGCAAACAUCUCUUUAAUUGCCACGCGCUCACAGCAGCAGAGAUUGUAAAAGGUGUUGUGGGCAAGGAUGGAUUGGCGCCAAACUGUACUCAGACAGAAUAUGACGCAGGAGAGCAGUAAGCGCUACUUUUUUCUCAGUCUCUUUGCUAAUGUUUUUAUUUGUCCUGUGUACUGGUGUAUCACGUUGUACAGACAAGCCAAUAAAACGUCAAAAGAAUGUUUAU